AUCCUUCAUCCGAUUUGCUGUAAAAACUAGUAAGUCCUCCAGGCCUCGUCUCUUCCUAUGAGCACACCUGGCCCUUAUCUGCAUCUUUGAUAUGCUGAAUACCUGUCCCUGAGCACUUCCCUCCCUGUUGAAUAAACAACGCAUCUCGCCCAACAAAGAGCCUACCGGGGCAGGAGCUUUACGAUAAUUACAGUGUGCAGGGCUGGGCAUGUUUUUGGUGUCUGGCGAGAGCUCGACGUGGUCGGACGGGUUUGCCUUACCCAAGGGCGGAUGUCACACAGUCUGGGUCAUUGCUUAAUUUUUUACUCAAAGGAUCAUCCGUUGUAAUACUGCACACCAGCAUAUCCAGCCAACCAUAGCACCGAAUUGCUUAAGUUUUCUGAAUGUCGUAUGAUCUAGCCAAUCAGGUGCGUUAGCGGCCCUUUCAUUGAUCUCGAUACCGUCUGCUAGGUACUGGCGUGGAAAGGUCAUACCGUUAUGGGUUACGAACAUGUUCAUUAAAUAUUCAACAGCGGCGGAAACACCCAGACAGACAGUUGUGACCGGCCAUCACUAACAUACGUCUUUCACAUGAGGUUCAGUUGGUAGCCCGAGAGGUCAAAACAUUCAUUCACUGCACCAAGAACAAGAUCCAAGAUUCUGGGACACAGUAGCCACCAUGACGCUCCACCUUUUCGUGAUCCUCAUAUGUUGUCCAGCAGUGGUCUGGACGCAGUUUGAGCCGAGCAUCACCAAGAGUCCGACGGCGCAGGUCUUCAACCCGCAGGACCCCAGACAGACCGUCGUGCGGUUCCAGUGCGAGGCUGAGAGCGAUCCUCCGCCUCAGUACUCCUGGGAACGAGAUGGUGUGCUGGUGGACAUCUCCGCCGGAAACGGAAAGUACGUCAUCACUGGCGGUGACCUCAUCAUCAACAGUCCCACCAAGAGUGAUGACGAGGGAGAGUACCAGUGUCUGGCGAGGAAUGAUGUAGGAGUGGAAGUCAGUAGCACUGCCCGCCUGUCUUUUGCCUUUGUCGAUCCCUUUGACACUGCGUCCAGAAGUGGGAUUACCCUACAGGCCGGGGCAUCCGCCUUUAUCCCGUGUAACCCGCCAGAUUCGUACCCAGGACUUUCCUUCAGCUGGUACAGAGACAGCCCUUCCAACAUCAUCGUUAACACCCACCGGGUCUUCAUCACGGAUAAGACGGGUGACCUGUACUUCUCCUACGUCACGGAGACGGACAGCGGUGACUACUACUGUCUGGUGCGGAACGAGCUGGACACUGCGCCCGAUGACGCCGACAUCUCCAUCCGGACAAGCCAACCCACCAGACUCACAGUGUCCAGCGGCGAUCCCACACAGAGAGCGGCGACCAUCGCCCUCAACGCUGAAGACGAAGAUGUACUUUCAGGCCAGACGGAGACUCUGAACUGUUUUGCCAAUGGAUACCCACGACCAAACAUCUUUUGGUCGCGUGUAGAUGACUUUGGGAACGACGUCGGUAUUCCAAGACGAUCUCGUUUCCAUAACUGGAACCACAUCUUCAUUCUCCCUGAUGUGACCGAGGAGGAUUCUGGGAUCUACAGGUGUACCGCAGAGAACAGUUUUGGUACCGCAGUCACCGAGGCGAAGAUAAUAGUUAGGGUACCGCCAGCUCUUGAGCCGCUGCCAGACCGGGACCUUGUUGAGGGUUCCAGUGUAAGCUGGACGUGUGAAGCCACAGGGUCUGAGCCCAUUACAUACACUUGGUACGGCAAACAGCAAGACCCCUUGCAGACUGGCGGUCGGAUAGUUGUAGGGACGAACACGCUGACUAUCAAUGAUGUUCGGGCAAGUGAUCUCGGUCGCUACCAGUGCGUGGCCCAAAACCAGUGGGGAUCAACACAGUCAUCAGCCAAACUGCAUAUUGGAAACGUGACUCCAGCUUGGCUGGCACCUAUCGGAACGUACUACUCAGUGCCUGGGUCUACCGUUACCAUGACGACGCGAUGGGAGGCUGACCCAGACCCCACCUUCCAGUGGACAAAGGAUGGCAAUCCGAUCAGAUCAGGGGGGAGAUACACGAUCACUCCCGACGGGAAUCUCGUCAUCGAUGGCGUCACAAGCGACGACGAGGGAGACUAUUCGUGCACACUGGCGAACCGCUGGGGUAGUGCAACAUCGAAUGGCAAAUUAACACUCACAGACCCGACCCGCAUGCCAUCAGGGCGCGGCCCCACAGAUGUGACCCUGGACACCGGAGACACGGGGGUCAUACCGUGUGACGCCAUCGUUGACCCGCGGCUGGACCACCAGUUCAUCUGGUUCAGGAACGGUCAGAAGAUCGACUUUGACCUUGAGAGUGACCACUAUGAGCGGGACGUGAGUGGUGGUCUCCGGGUUAAGAAUGUCGUGCUCGCCCAACACGCCGUCUUCACCUGCUCAGUGGAAACACCGGUGGACGAGGAGGAAGGUGACGCAAGAGUGAAAGUUAUAGCCCCAAACCACCCCCCUGUUGGUAUCGAGGCGACCAAUCUGGACGCCACGACAGGAGACCUACUCUGGCACCCGUCCAGCGACAACGGAGCGCCCCCUAACGAGUAUUCCGUCGAAGCCAAGUCGAACCACGAGCCCGUGUGGAGAGAGGUGCAGAGGGGACCUAUUUCUGAGCUUCAGUCAGCACCAGUCCCCGACACUCGUUCGCUCUUAAAGCUGACCAACCUUUCACCCUGGACCUGCUACAACUUCCGGGUCAUGACUUUCAACAGCAUCGGCAGCAGCAGACCAAGUUCAGAGUCGAACAGAGCAUGUACCGGAAUAGGCCCCCCGACUGCCGCCCCGACUAACCUUGGUGGAGGGGGUGGUCUUGAAGGGGAUACCAUCAUGAGAUGGGAUCCAUUACAUCCCAAAGACUGGAACGCUCCGUCGGUGGGCUACAGGCUCCGGUACCGCUCCAUUGCUAAGGCUUUAGGGGACUGGACAGAACAAGAGUUCAAAAACGGCUCGCAAGCCAGCUUCUUCGCCAGGAGUGUGCCUGAAACUCCCGCUGCGAUAUACGAACCAUACGAGGCCAAAAUCCGGGCAUUCAACGCUGCCGGCGAUGGUCCGGAGGCAUCAUGGACCGUAUAUUCUUCUGCAGGAAUUCCUCCCGGCGUACAAAACUUGGCUGUGACGGGAACUACGAACGACUCGGCACAGCUACGGUGGGACGACCCUGUCUACCGGGGUGUUCUGGAUUACUACAACGUCAGAUACUGGAACGAAAUGGAAGAUGGUAGGAGAAAGAGAGAAGUUGCUGAAAACAGGUACUCGUACGUACAACUGUACCCAGAGGGCUCUGCGCAGGCGCAGGCUGGCUACCCUGCGUACACGGUGAGGGACGGAAAAGUCACCGGCAUCGUGACAAACCUGUAUCCAGACACACUCUAUAACUUUCAGGUCAGCACAAAGGCGGUUCCGUACUCAGGGCCUUACAUGACUACAGCACAGGGGAGAACGCAGCCAAAUAUUAUUGCGAUGGGCACUAUGAGCUGGCUGUGGGGGUUCUUCUGGUUCCUGUUCGCGCUGCUCCUGCUGUUUCUCCUGAUCCUGCUGUGCUGCUGCUGCUGUUGCUGCUGCAGCUGCUGUGGAAGACGGAAACGGGUCAAGAAAGACGGGAAGCAGGGGCCGAUCGUGAGAUACGUUGUUGAUGAAAUGACUGUGGAGCACAAGAAACAGUUACUUAAGUACAGGGAACCCAUUGUCGAGCACGUCAACCCAUAUCCAGUGGUGGACUACCUGGUCUUGAGAGGGUGCGUCACGAAGUCCACCGGUGGUGAGAUCAGAAAGCUGGAGAGGCCGGAAGCCAUCCGGCGGGUUCUGGACGUGAUGCCGGCCCGUCCGGACCCAACCUUCUACCACUUCUGUGACGCCGUCCGCCUGCAGCACCCGUGGCUGGCAGACAGACUGGAGGGGAAAGUCAGCAGAGUGAAUAGCAGCUCCUCAGAUAUCCCGAACAUCAGGUUCGAAGACACUGUUGACGUGUCCGCUGCUGGAGUUACAGAAAGUUCGGCUCUCCUCAGUACGGGACGUGCUGUGGAGCCAGGAAUCAUGAACCCUGCCGCAGGGGAUCGCGGGACAGGAACACACAUGAACUACACUGACGUCACGUUUACGAACAUGACAAACGUCACCAAUGUCACCAACGUCACCAAUGUCACUAACGUCGCCAAUGUCAAGUCCUCCACUGUCAUAAUGGAGAAGCAAUAUACAACCUUGACCACAUCAGACCCAGACAACGUCGGAGUGGACGUGGCCGUGGACAUGGGCUCGGAACCAGGAGGUGUUGCAGGCACUAUCAUGGCGGUCGGGUCUAGCGAAUCCACUCUACCGGAAACGGAAGUCGCCAGUGAACCCGAGCCAAUCGUAGAGCCUCAUCCAUUCCAAGCUCAGUCAGGAAGUGUCAUCCAGGUCAAACGAGGUCAACCUGUCAUCAUUGAGAUCUUCGGAGAUGCCGGAGACGUACGUUGGCUGUACGAGGACACACCGUUGCCGAACUCUGACCUGUACGAACAGACAAGUGAUGGUGACGAGUUCCACUCCCUGCACAUCAAAAGCGUCACAAGGGAAAACCACGGCUGUUACACCUGUCAGGGCCAGACCGAGUAUGGGCUGGUCUGCUGCGAUAUUCAUAUACAAGUCGUCAAUUAAAACCUGAUGUAGCUCAGCUGUGUUAUAACGUUAUAGGAUAAAAGUAGUCUCCAAUCAGACGUGUCAGUUGGAUGAAAAAAAAGAGAACAAUUUGGCCAAAUAAGUUGCCAUGGGAUUUCAGCCAGUCUUUUGCAGUUUCUCUGCAGGCCGGACAGUUCGCUUUUAUUCCUAACUUGGCCAAUGUUCCCUAUCAAUAUUCGUUCGGCCAGGCAGAAGUCUGGUAGAGACUAGGAUAAAGGAGGCAUCACAGUUUAGUUGCGUUGCUGGUUCUGAUAAGCUGUUAACUGGGAGAUCAUCGGAUGAUCAAUCCCGGAUAUAGGGCAUUUCGGUUGGGGCUGCGCCCGUCUCUUGGAAGGGGCGUAAAUUGGGUGUCCCGUGUUCGAGAAGGUGCCUCGAGUACGUCCAAGAGAAAGAGUUAGCAACCCUUCUCUGUAGAAAUAUACCCUGCUACUGAAAUAGCAAGGAAACUUGCCGUCCUAUCUUCUGCAAGGGUCCGGUGGAAAGAACGCUCUAAAAGUGAAACAUAGAGCCUCUAGAGGGAUCACGAUUUAGAUGCAAUAUUCUAUGAUAGCCCACUAGUAUUCUAUUUUGUCAACAAAAUGUAACUAUAUUGAAUGUAGAGUAGAAGUGUGGCCAACAGUAUGUUGCAGCAAGAUUGCCUAAGUGUGAAGUUUUUAAUUUUUUUUUACAAUGUCUUAUAGUCAGAUUAAAAACGUUGUACGAGUCAUGUAAAACAAAUUCCAGAUGGUAAAAUUGUAAAUGUAGACGCCAUGCUGCUUUGUAAAUAGACGGAUGAAUUUACGUUCUGUUUGUAAAUAGUUUAGAACAUGUUGGUGAGGGUUAUCUGAGUGUGCAUAAUUAUGUAGAGCCGUAGCUGUAUGAGGUAACGGUAUUAAGUAUGAUGCUGUCUAUUUUAGAUAGCCUUCUUUAUCUGUCACUAUAAUGAUCAAUAGUUGCACGCCUACUUUGUACAGGCCAGUAAUAUGUCUUAUGCAUUUUAUAAAAUUUUCAUUGAUUGACUUCAACAGAAAAUAGCAGAUAUAUAGUAUGUAAUGCUAGAUAUAUUGAUGAUUAAAACUUUGAUAUCUGCUGUCUAAUUCAAUUUCAACAGGUCAUGAGCAGUACAGCGAUGGUAGACAAUAAUCAUGUACAUGGAGAGAAAUUAAAAACGACAGUAAAACAUU